UAUCGAUAAGUUUCCCAUCACUAUUGUAAACAUUGUUACUUUCUUGGUUCAUGUUUCAUGUGGUCGUUUUAAUUUUAGCCGGUUAUUCUACGGAAUAAAAUAAGGUGCUUGAGCAUGUUGACGAAAAAGAGAAAACGCGAUAUAACUUCAAACAGCGCUGCAAAGUGGAGAAAGAGAAUCGUGCGCCAGUUUGCUGAUGGAUGGCUUGAAAGUGAUAACUGCCACAACAACACUGGCAAAGCGGACCCUAAACAAUUAAAUGGUAUCGCAAAUCAGUACGCAAACUUUGUAAAAAGUGGCACUCAAGAAAGUUUCCCAAAGAUCGAGAACGUUGCCGAUCCUGGUCUUCCGAAACGGGACAUUGAUCGAUUGAGUAACGUGAUAGGAUAUAUGUACAACGAUGAUAAGAUUUCUCUGAAAUUGACCUUCGAACAGGCUGGUCUAUUAUUGGAGACAAAAUACGAUGAAGAAGAACGCGUGUUCCGUUACCUGGUAAACGAUCGGGAAAUUUGUAGCGCUGAAGGAGAUCUGAACGAAGCCCACACGAAAGCCAGAGAUAAAUUGGUACAAAUUAUUCGUUAUUACUGUUACACGGUAAAACGACUGAAACCAUUCCACACCCGGCGGGGUGUGUUGAAGAAACUCCCUGGAAAACAGUCGGAAAAGCAAACAUUCAGUGCUCAUCAGCUAGACGAAGACAACAUUGGCUUUCGUAUGCUGCAGAAGCAAGGUUGGACUGGUGGUUCUCUAGGGAGCAGUGAGGAGGGUAUUUUAGAACCGAUUGGAUUUCAAAAGAAGUCCGACAAAGUUGGCUUUGGGGCCACUCGUCCUGAGAAAAUACCCAUCGAGGCGUUUAUGUUGGUUAUCAAGCAGUACGCAUCCGGCAAUGCGUUGUAUGAUUUAGUGUUCAGUCCACAAUUCUCCAAGCAUCAGGUCAUCAAACUUAAAGAUUAUGCUGCAACGCUGAAGCUCUUUCCACAAAUGAUCGGAAAAAAGAAACAACUCGUCAUCAGCAAAAAUUUAACUCUUCGCGCUAUAAAAAUAGGGGUCCUCAAAGGCCAUUCUGAUUUAUGUGCAAAAUAUGCGGUUAUACCGCCCAUAUCCCAUUAGUUCUAUCUGUUUGUUAAUACAAUAGAGGUUAACUCUAUCCGAUUA